UGCUUGACGUGCUGCCCUUUUCCAGCGAUGCAGUUUUUGACUCUGACUCUCCAGCGUCUCCAAUCCUCACUUUCAAAUCAAUGUCUGAUAGUUACUCAAUCCAUCAGGACCGCAACAAUUUUUAACUAUGAUUCUGUGAGAAGGAGCAAAGCUUUCUUUUUGGUCCCUGUUUGAGUACGGGGGCACUGGUUGAAAAACCCUACUAUAGCAGCGUACUGAGUGUGGAGCCUGAAACAACUCUACUGCCUGGAAAGAAGAAUUCAUGGCAGGGUUGUACACGUGUGUGUGCAGCUGAAGCUUCGGCCAUGGAGAAACCCGAGGAAACAUGCCCUGUUGAGAAACCAUGGAAUUGUGGCGACUGCGGGAAGGGCUUCCAUGUCCCACCUGUCCUGGCGGCUCAUCAGUGCAAUCACACUGGGAAGCGGCCGUUCUCCUGCCCCGAACGGGCAAAGGGCUUGACUUGUUCCUGUGUCCUGCUGGCCCACCAGCAUAUAAACACUAGUGAGAGGAAGUUUUACUGCUCCAUGUGCGGGAAAGGAUUCACUUGGGUGGACAACCUCCAGACCCACCAGCGAUUCCACGCAGGGGAGAGGCUCUUUAGUUGCCAUGAGUGUGGGAAAGUCUUCAGCAAUUCCUCCAACCUGCUGACGCACCGGCAGGUCCACACGGGGGAGAGGCCAUUCAGCUGCCCUGAAUGUGGGAAGGCCUUCAGCAAUUCCUCCUCUCUGCUGACCCACCGACGAAUCCAGACGGGGGAGAGGCCCUUCAGCUGCCCAGAGUGUGGGAAGGCCUUCAGCAAAUCCUCCAACCUGCUGAGGCACCAGCGGGUCCACACGGGGGAGAGGCCCUUCAGCUGCCUAGAGUGUGGGAAGGCCUUCAGCAAUUCCUCCUCCCUGCUGGCCCAUCAGCGGGUCCACACGGGGGAGCGGCCCUUUAGCUGCCCAGAAUGCGGGAAGGCCUUCAGUCAAUCCUCCAACCUGCUGGCCCAUCAGCGGGUCCACACGGGGGAGAGGCCCUUCAGUUGCCCAGAGUGCGGGAAGGCCUUCAGUAAGUCCUCCAACCUGCUGAGGCACCAGCGGGUCCACACGGGGGAGAGGCCCUUCAGCUGCCCAGAGUGUGGGAAGGGCUUCAGUAAAUCCUCGGACCUGCUGAGACACUGGCGAAUCCACACGGGGGAGAGGCCCUUUGCCUGCUCUGAGUGUGCUAAGGCCUUCAGCAAUUCCUCUGACCUGUUGUCCCACCAGCGGGUCCACACCAGGGAAAGGCCAUUCAGCUGCCCCGAGUGCGGGGAGGGGUUCACCCACUCCUCCAAACUGCUGGCCCAUCAAUGGGUCCACACCUGGGGGAGGCCGUUUGCCUGCCCCGACUGCGGGCGGAGGUUCACAUUGUCUUGCAACUUGCGGAGGCACCAGUGCAUUCAACAAUCAGAUUCCACCAGUGACGCUGCAGUGGAU